AAAUUUCUUCCUCAAAACACGAACUCAUAUCUCCCUUCUCUCUCCUCUUCUCUCAUGGCAGCAGAAAGAAGCAACGCUGAAGCCAAGGCUGUCCUGGUGGCCGAGCCAGGCGUCUACAGAGAAUGCAUGCGAAACCAUGGGCUCAACUUUGGUCGCUACACUGUAGACGGUUGCUGUGAGUUUCUCCAGCUCAAUGACGACGCAUUCCAUUGUGCUGCAUGUGGCUGCCACCGCAGCUUCCACCGCAAGGAGCCAUCCAACCAACACCAUGUUACUCCUCCACCAAGGCCACCGAAUCACAGUCCAUCCCCGUUGGCGUCCCAUAGCAAACGAGGGACUGCAUGCGAUCAAGGGACUUCUUUGAAAAGAACGAGAACUAAGCUUACAGCAGAACAGAAGAAGGAGAUGAUGAGGUUUACAACGGAGAAAUUAGGGUGGCGGCCACAGAGACACAAUGAGGGAGAGAUAGAACGGUUCUGUGGUGAACUGGGAAUCAGCCAGCGGGUGCUCACGGUUUGGUUUUAUAACAACAAGAGUAAGCUGGUGGGGAAGAAAGUCUGAAUUUUGACAGGAGGAGAUCGCUGCGGAGUUAGGGUUAUAGUUCUCUGGUGGCCCUUUUUUUUUUUGGGGUAUGUUUGUGUUGUCAGCUUAUUUUAAACUUAAUUUAUUGUUUUGUGUAACUGAAAUGCGUCAUGUUUUUGUAGUUCAAUGGAAGUCCUGCAGAUGUUUAACAAGUAUAUACAAAUGAGAAAGAAUUAACAGAGGAUUCUUCCAAUUUAAUCAAAAUUCUUGUUUUAA